UCGCAAGGGAGGGACCAGCGGAGGCGCAGGUGCAGCCCCCGGGCGCACGCGGGCAAUCCUACACCCGGCGGGCGGGCGCCCCUGCCUCCUCCGCAGGCGGCGAGCUCUUCUUCUGACCACCGCAGGAAAGGCAGAACCCUUCCCCAGGCCAGACGGCCCCCGGAGUCCGCCGCGACAGGGAGCUGUGGGGCGGCCGGGAGCGCCCCUUCCCCGGAAAAGUCAGAGAAGGGCUUGGAGCGCGGCAGCUCGUGCCCGGGUACAGGUCUGUGCCGACACGAGCUUCGGGACCGCCUGGCCCCGCGGGGUGGCCGUGGGGGACGCGGGAUCUCCGGCCCUUUCCCCGCCUUCGCCAAGAUGCCCAACAAGUCGUCCUGGGAGCCCGGGAUCGCCAACGUGUCGUGCCCGGACCCCACUCUGGGCUGCGUCAACGCGUCGUGCCUGGGCCGGGCGCUGGGCUGCCCCAACGCGUCCAGCCCGGAGCCGCUGCCGUCGCUGCUGGCUGUGGCGGUGCCCGUCGUCUACGCGGUGAUCUGCGCCGUGGGACUGGUGGGCAACUCUGCCGUGCUGUACGUGCUGCUUCGGACUCCCCGCAUGAAGACCGUCACUAACCUGUUCAUUCUCAACCUGGCCAUAGCAGACGAGCUUUUCACGCUGGUGCUGCCCAUCAAUAUCGCCGACUUCCUGCUGCGGCGGUGGCCCUUCGGGGAGCUCAUGUGCAAGGUCAUCGUGACCAUCGACCAGUACAACACCUUCUCCAGCCUCUACUUCCUCACCGUCAUGAGCGCCGACCGCUACCUGGUGGUGCUGGCCACGGCGGAGUCGCGCCCGGUGGCGGGCCGCACGUACGGCGCCGCGCGCGCAGUGAGCUUGGCGGUGUGGGGCUUCGUCACGCUCGUGGUGCUGCCCUUCGCCGUCUUCGCCCAGCUCGACGACGAGCAGGGCCGGCGCCAGUGCGUGCUGGUCUUCCCGCAGCCUGAGGCCUUCUGGUGGCGGGCGAGCCGCCUUUACACGCUCGUGCUGGGCUUCGCCAUCCCGGUGUCCAGCAUCUGCGUCCUCUAUACCACCCUGCUGUGCCGGCUGCGCGCCAUGCGGCUGGACAGCCAAGCCAAGGCCUUGGGCCGGGCCAAGAGGCGGGUAACCUUACUGGUGGUGGCGAUCCUGGCCGUGUGCCUCCUCUGCUGGACGCCCUACCACCUGAGCACCGUGGUGGUGCUUACCACUGACCUGCCGCAGACGCCGCUCGUCAUCGCCAUGUCCUACUUCAUCACCAGCCUGAGCUACGCCAACAGCUGCCUCAACCCCUUCCUCUACGCCUUCCUGGACGACAGCUUCCGCAGGAGCCUCCGACAGCUGAUAGUGUGCGGGGAGGCCGCCUGA